AUCAUGGUGCAGGAAUACCAGUCACCUGUUCGAGUCUACAAACAUCCGUUUGAGUUAAUAAUGGUGGCCUAUGAGAGGAGAUUCCCAAAGUGCCCGUUGAUCCCAGUGUUUGUCGACAGCGAGAUCAUUAGUGAGAGCCAAAGUAAAGAUGGAUCGAUAUUGACAACAGAGAGGCGCUGCACGAUCGACAUUGAUGCCCCGAGACUUCUUAAACGGAUUGCUGGUGUGGAGUAUCUGUAUUUCAUUCAAAAGAACGUUUUGAAUCGCGGAGAAAGAACACUUCAUAUUGAAGUCCACAAUGAGACCUUUUCCAACAGAGUCAUUGUCUGCGAGCGCUGCAACUACACGGUUCAUCCAGAUAAUGAGGACUGGACGUGCUUUGAACAGACAGCGAGUCUGGAUAUUAAAUCAUUUUUUGGCUUUGAAAACAUGGCAGAGAAGAUUGCUAUGAAACAGUACGCUAGCAACAUAAAAAAGGGUAAGGAAAUUAUUGAGUACUACCUCAGAGAAUUGGAGAAGGAAGGAAUAACUUACAUACCCCGCUGGACUCCUCAUGCCACUCGAAGUCUCACAGCCAGGCUCCACCUGCCACCUCCCUCCACCUCCAGAGCCAUCCCAGUGAGCAGAAUCAUGGAUGUUCUGCCCAGAAAAGACUCCACAGAGCUUGUGUGUGGCUCCUCUGAUGACAAACUGGAUGCUGAUUACAUCAGACGUUACCUCGGUGAUUUAACUCCUCUGCAGGAGAGCUGUCUUAUUCGACUGCGCCAGUGGUUACAAGAAACUCAAAAGGGCAAGAUUCCAAAGGAUCAGCAUGUGCUGCGCUUCCUGAGGGCCAGAGACUUCAACCUCGAAAAGGCUCGAGAGUUUUUGUGCCAGUCGCUGACCUGGAGGAAGCAACAUCAAGUGGAUUUCCUGUUGGACACCUGGGAGUGCCCACAGCUGCUUCAGGACUAUUACACAGGAGGCUGGCAUCACCAUGACAGAGAUGGCCGUCCUCUGUAUAUGCUGCGUCUUGGGCAAAUGGACACAAAAGGUUUGGUUCGAGCGCUCGGAGAAGAAGUCCUACUGAGACAGGUCUUGUCCAUCAAUGAGGAAGGAUUAAACCGUUGUGAGGAAAACACCAAAGUUUUUGGUCAACCCAUCAGCUCUUGGACUUGUCUGGUGGAUCUGGAGGGUCUUAACAUGCGUCACCUGUGGAGACCAGGCAUCAAGACACUCUUAAAAAUUAUUGAGGUGGUGGAAGCCAACUACCCAGAGACUCUGGACCGCCUGCUCAUAGUGAGGGCACCGAGAAUAUUUCCAGUACUAUGGACCCUGGUUAGUCCCCUGAUUGAUGAAAACACCCGUAAGAAGUUCCUGGUUUAUGCUGGAAAUAAUUACCAGGGUCCAGGGGGUCUGGUGGACUACAUAGACAGGGAGCUCAUCCCUGACUUUUUAGGAGGGGACUGCAUGUGUGAUGUCCCUGAAGGUGGCAUGGUCCCCAAAUCUCUGUACAGGACAGCAGAGGAGCUGGAGAGUGAGGAGAACUGUCUGUUAACCGACACAAUCUAUAAGAGCGCCAGCAUCUUCAAAGGAGCCCCAUAUGAGAUGCUGAUCAGGAUCACAGAGGCCUCCUCUGUCAUCACGUGGGACUUUGACGUCUCUAAAGGUAACGUGACCUUCAAUAUCUACCAUUCCAAGAGGGCCCCUCAGCUUCUUGGAGCUCAUUGCAUUACGGCACUAGGGGGCGCUGGUGGACAGCUGAUUGACAGGAGCUGGGUGCUGGGUCUGGACUACAGCAUGGUGGAGACGGCCCUCACCUGCAGGGAGGGGGAGAGCAUCCAGGGCUCCCACAUCACACGGUGGCCUGGAUUCUACAUCCUCCAGUGGUGCUUCCACAGUGCCCCGGCCUGCUCUGCCUCCAACUUGCCCCGGGUGGAUGACGUGUUGGCCUCUCUGCAGGUCUCCUCCUACAAGUGCAAGAUUAUGUACUACACAGAAGUGCUGGCCUCCCAUGACUUCAGGUCAGUGUAA